UUUUGCAGACGCACCAGUCCGACAGGGAGAUGUGUCCGCCCCCCACUCAGCAGAAAUGGCAGAUGAUUCGCCUGAUGAGGCUUUUGCUGAGUUUAAGUCCAGGCCCCUUGGAAUUUGGGGAGUUGCUCAACUAGCUGCUGGCACUGGCCUUGCUGUGUAUGCUAUGUGGGUGGGAAUCCUUCAGCCUGGCUUUCGAAAGGUCCCCCUAAGGCUACAGGUUCCAUACAUUCCUGCCAGUAAAUCCCAAGUACGUAAUGUAAUGACAUUACUGAAGGGUCGAAAGGGAGGUCUGGUGGAUUUAGGAUCUGGUGAUGGUCGUAUUGUCUUAGAAGCACAUCAGCAGGGUUUCACUCCUGCUAUUGGUUAUGAGCUGAACCCCUGGCUUGUUUACAUGUCACGCUUUUAUGCAUGGAGAGCAGGCCAUAAUGAAAAAGUGUCAUACAGGAGAGAAGAUCUUUGGAAGGUUGACUUGUCUGAAUGCAAGAACAUCACAGUAUUUUUGGCUCCCAGUGUGCUUUCAUUGCUGCAGAAGAAGUUACAAGAUGAGCUUCCUGAUGACGCCUUAGUUGUUGCUGGUCGUUUCCCCUUCCCUGACUGGACACCCUGCAGGACUGAGGGACACGGUGUGGACAGAGCCUGGGCAUAUAACAUACAGGCGCAAAGACAACAUAUUUUGAGGAACAAUGACAAAGAGAAAAGUCAAGAGUGAUAGUGAUGUCCAAAUGUUCUUGUCCUUUCUAGUACAAUAUUACACUUUGUAACAGCCUUUAUACUAGUACAAGGAAAAUUAUUUUGUUCUUACUACUGCAUCAUGUGCAAAAGCACAGAUAAAACUAGACAAUAUA